CCCGCCCGGUGCGGCCCCGCCCCGCGGCGGCGGCGGCGCGAGGAUGAGCGGGCGGCGGGUGGACGCCAAGGUGGUGCUGCUGGGGCAGGAGGGGGUGGGCAAGAGCAGCCUCGUGGAGCGCUGCGCCCACGGCCGCUUCCGCGCCGGGCCCUACCAGAACACGAUCGGAGCCGCUUUUGUGGCCAAGGUGAUGACCGUGGGGGACCAGACGGUGACGCUGGGCAUCUGGGACACGGCGGGCUCGGAGCGCUAUGAGGCCAUGAGCCGCAUCUACUACCGGGGAGCCCGGGCUGCCGUUGUCUGCUACGAUCUCACCGACAGCGGCAGUUUCCAGCGAGCCAAGUUCUGGGUGAACGAGCUGCAGAACUGUGAGGAGGGCUGCCGGAUCUACCUGUGUGGCACCAAGAGCGACCUGCUGGAGGAGGACAGGAGGAAGCGGGGGGUUGACUUCCACGAUGUGCAGGACUACGCUGAUGAGAUCAAGGCAGACCUCUUUGAGACCUCCAGUAAAACGGGCCAGAGCGUGGCUGCCAUUCCUCCUCGCCCCCCAGAUGAGCUGUUCCAAAAGGUCGCCGAGGACUAUGUCAACUUCUCUGCCUUCCAGGUGAUGACAGAGGACAAGGGUGUCAACCUGGGCCAGAGGAACAGUCCCUACUUCUACAGCUGCUGCCACCACUGAGCCACCUGUGCCAAAAGGGAAUUGCUGCUGCUGGAUGGGCAGCUGGCGCGCACCGGCCUCCUCCGGUUUUUUACCUGCUGUGUUUUAGCUGUUGGGGCCUGUCUGCAGCACAGCCUCCGGACUGCUCUCCUGGCACACAGAGCGGCACAGGGCUGCCGUGCAGUGCCAGGAAUCAUGGACUGUCACUCUGGGGACCCCCUCCCUGCCACCUGUGGUGUUUGUGGGAGUUGUGGUGGCCCAGCGGUGGCCAGUAACUUAUUCUCUCAGAGAUGCUUGAUUCUUUGCAGAUUUAUUUAAGCGUCUUCUCUCGAGGUGUACAAUGUAAAUAAAACGCGUUGUGGUCUGAGCCGUC